UUUCCUGCAUCUUUCGGGGCCCGUUUCCUCUCCACUGCUGGAGGUCGGUGGUGUGCAAUGUAACUCUUCUGGGCAAGAAUUCUUUGCUGAGGAUCAAGCCAGGAUCGUAAAGGCCCAAUAUUUUCAACUGACAGAGUUGCGGUCGUGACAAUGAGUGACUGGCUAUUGCACGCCCAUGCGGCUGCCACUGCUGACCAAGAGGUGGCGGCUGCAGCAGCAGCAGCAGCAGUUGCCGAAGUCAAUCAGGCUGCAGAGGCGCUGACCGUUUUGCCACAUGGACUGAUGGAUGGCGGUCACAAUGCCAUGCAGCCGCCUGAAGCCGGUGCCAUCAUCGAGACGGCCACAGUCGAGGACCACGCCGUGCAGGAGGGCGCCCUAGAGCAGGUGAUCACGACGUCGACGGACGACCCCGUUGCCAAUGAAGCGCUUCAGCAGGCGCUCAACGUUGCCGUGGCCAUGGUGGUGUGCGUCAGCCAGGAAGGUGCGUCAUCCGUCAUGUGUGCAAGCGACGGCGCCGAAGCCAAGCCGACUACGGUUGGCGAGCCACAGUUCGUGUGUGAAACUUGCGGGCAGCGCUUCUUACGCAAGAGCCACCUGUCACGCCACCGCCUGAUCCACAGCGGCGAGCGGCCGUUCCAGUGCGACAUGUGUGACAAGAGCUUCCGCCAGAGCAGCCACCUGUCGUCGCACAGGAACACGCACACCGGUGCUCGGCCGUACGUCUGUGGACAGUGCGACAAGGCGUUCGCCUCGUCUUCGGCACUCGGGCGACAUCGACACACUCACACAGACCCAUCAACCAAACCGCAUGUGUGCGAGUGUGGCAAGGCAUUUCGACGACUCAGUCAUCUGGUCGGCCAUCGGUACACACACACGGGUGAACGUCCGUACCAGUGUUCCGAGUGUGAUCGAGCAUUUGCUGAUUCCUCCGGGCUCAGGCGACACAGAAGGCGACAUGCACAGGGCACCGUUGGUCCAGACGGUGCUCGGCGGGCGCCCAUCCUGCCGGUCGCGCCACGCACUCGCUCCGGCACUCGCCGGCUGCGUGGCACAGAGCUGGAGGACGGCGAGCUGCUGCCGUUUGACGAGAACGCCCUGACCGAGAUGGCCCGAGAAGAGGCAGAACUGGAGGAAGGCGGAACGGCCGUCACCCUCAUCACCGACGAUCUGCUGAGCGGCUCUGGGGAUCUGCUGGAUGAAGAUGAGACCAUGGACUGUAGCGACAGGGAGGAGGAGAUGCUAGCACAGGAGCUUGCCAACGAGAACAUGGCGGCCGCCAACGUCCGUAGGGCGCUGGGCACUGACCUGAAGCCUAUCGUCACGUCGGCGUUGGACUCUCCGCACCACGUCUCCAGCAUCCCCAGUAUGAGUGAUGCAGCAGCUGUCGGCGGUGGUGUUGGUGUGGAAAACGGUGAUUGCGACAGCGACGACAUCAUCGUCAGCGUGGACCCGCAGUCUCUGGGCGUGCCGCACAGCACGAUACGAAUCACGGAGGAAGCGCUGUGCCCCGAGCAGCAGGGUGCCACCACGGUCACAACCACGUCAUCCACUAGCAACACGCUCGACCUGGACAUAACCGGUGCGUCACUGGACGCUAGCUCACUGGUCUUGGGCUCCUCAGCAGUGUCCAUGGAUAGCAUGGAUGGCGUGGCAGCGGAGCUUAGUGCCGUCAGCAGUUCCGCCUUGUCUCUGGCAGCGGACGGCAGCGGUCUUUCUCUAGCCACGAGUACAGCGGCAGCGAGUCUGGACGUAUCCAUGGUCGACCUUGUUACGGACACUAUUGACGAUCUGGUGUGCACGUGUUGCAACGAGGCAUUCACCAAGAUGAGCGAUCUGGUCAAGCACGCCAAGGUCUUGCAUGUAGGCAGGGACGACAAACCAUUCAGAUGUUCCCAGUGCCUGAAGUGCUUUGCACGCCUCGGUCACCUACGCCGCCACCAAAAGUCUCACAUGCCCAGCGUGCGGCCUUUCGCCUGCGAGGUCUGCUCCAAAUACUUCCGACUGUUCUCGCACCUGAACGCUCACCGUUAUGCUUGCCACUUGCAGGCUGGUAAGACGUACAAGUGUAGCAUUUGCAAGAAGGUCUUUAUGGAUGAGAGCAGCCUCUGUAAACACAACGACAGGCACAUUGUCGAUGCGCAAGAGGCGGCGGCAGCUGCAGCGGCGGCUGCUGCUGCAUCUGCAGACAGCAAGAUCCUGACCAACGGGCUGACGGGUGAGCAGGCAGAGGCUCUGUCGGCUGCUGUGGCCGAUAGCUCUGGUAUCACCAUGUCGACGGCAUCGGCUGUUCUGGGUCAUGAUGGUGGUAGUUCGUUACAGCCUCCGUCGCCUGUGCUCGCACGUCUAAUGAGCGGCACUAGUUCGGAGCAGGAACAGGCCGCCGUGCAGCUGCUUUCCUCCAUCAUCAACACCACCGCCGUGUCCUCGUCGGGCGUCAUGACAACAGCAUCGCUACGCGCCAACGUGGCCGCCAGCAUGCCACAUCUGCUGCCCAUUGUGCACCAAUCCGCCGGCGGCGUCAGCGGCGGCGGGGACCUGACGUUCGUCACGCCCGAUCCCAGCGUCCUGGUCACGCCGGUGGCCGGGGUGGACGGCUGCCAUGACGACAUCGACGUAUCUGGCAUGGCCGCCGUCACUCUUCCCCAGUCUGUUGGCAUUGAGCUGGGCACGACGGACGCGCUCGCCGAGAUUGUGCACUCGGAUCAUCUGCGGACGAUCGGCGAGGAGCGCAUCAUCCACGUUGACCAUCUCGGUGGCAUGAGCACGCAUCAACACCUGGGACAUCUCUCGCCCGACGGUGCAGCUGAAGAGGUGAUUAUCACUGUGACUGAUACAUGAGCAGGACACACGCAUGCAUCCUGGGCCAGAAUACUAGUACGCUGUGCUGUCAACCGUUUACUUUCCUCGGCAAUCGGCCUUUGAUUGCUUCUGUGUUGACGUCGAGAUCCUGCAAGAGGCUUUCACCACUCUCACUGGCUGAUUCCACGUCAGCUGCAACCUCUCACACGGUUAACAGUAUGCUGUUCGCAGCUAAUCCGUCUGUGGCCGUGGCCCUAUUGGCGCUCCUUGUGUCGGAGCAUUGAAGAAGAGAAACAAAAGAAGAAAAUUGAGGCGUUGACAUUCGCGUGUUAAGCAUCUCCCCCCGGGCCAGGGUGUGUGGUCUUUCAUGACGGGAGUGCUUCCAAACCGCCCCGCCCCCGUAUCCACUCACAAGUCCAGUUCCACCUCCGCAUCCGCUCACGAGUCCCGUAUCCGUGUCCCGGUUGCUGUAACCAUCCUCUGACGGUUUCUCCACAACAGCUGCCUACAUAGCUUCUCUUCACCGCGUGCUGUCGCAGGUGGAUUGCGAAGCAGUGCAUCGCUCUGAGCGUGGUGGGCGGAUACAUUGUGACGUAUUGCAUCACUCGGUGAUGCGGUUUGCGGACUGUGACACAUGACUUUGUCGCCUCUCUCCGUGGCAGGCGGCACAACCUUGCAGCCAUCAGUCAGCGUAGGAUAUGAGCAUAAAAUGAGUUUUUGGCCAGUGCUCACUGUCAUGGUCGUUUAUCAAUGGUGUCCUUGAGCUGUGGUGAUGAACCAUGGCUGUGCUGUACGUUUGUUAAAGCCAGCGAUGGUGCGCGUGUGUGUACGUGCCUUCUUGUCAUCCGAAGCCACUCAACCGCUCACCGAACUGCGUGUGCCUGAAGGUGGAACGUUAGUCUUCGCCGUGCACCUACACACGUCCUAGCUGCUAUCCUUUCCGAUUCUAGCCUCUACCACGCUGCUUUAGUGUGGUGCCGAGCCACCUGGUUGUGGCUAUGGCUUCUCUCUCAGUACGUGUAGAUACGCGCGGGGAGAAUUCGACUAUCUAGUCCGUUCUCAGUACUUUGUAUCCUUCAGAUGAUUUUUGUAUUCCAGCUCUGGGUUUGUAGUCGGAAUCUAUACAAACAUUUUGUUUAGUGCUGAGCCAUCCUGGUACAGUUAGAGGUAUGUAACCUUUUUCUGCCAGUAGAUGAAAAUGCCAGGAGAAUUCAACUGGGUGGUCUGUUCUUAGUACUUUGUAACAUUCAGAUGAUUGUUGUAUUCCUGCUCUGGCUGUGUGACCACAGUUUGUACAGAAUUUUCUUUUUGGUGUGGAGCCAUCUUUGUACAGCUGCAAGCCUUCUCUCCCACUAGAUGAACAGCCGGGAGAAUCCGUCUGGUUGGUCUCGAGUAUUCUUAAAGUGCAUUGUGUCCUUCAGAUGAUUUUUGUAUUCCCGCCCUGGGUUUGUGACCACAGUUUGUACAGAACCUUUGCUCGGUGCUGAGCCACCCUUGUACAGCAAGCGUUGUACGCUUGUAGCCUUUUCUCCUAGUAGAUGAACAGGCCAGGAGAAUCCUUCAGAUGAUAUCUUAUUCCCGCUUUGGGCUUGUACUAAGUUGUAGUCGGAGUUUGUACAGAACUGUUGUUUGGUGCUGAGCUACCGUUGUACAGUGACAGGCACGUGGCUGUCAGGCUCCUAGUAGAUAUGCAUGCCGGGAGAAGCCGACUCGGUGGUUCGUUCUUAUUACCGUUUGUAUCCUUCAGAUGAUUUCGUAUUCCCGCUCUGGGUUUGUGACCAGAAUUUGUACAGAACUACAGUAGUGAUCAUGUAGCGACAGUUCGUUCAUUGCCGUAUGUUUGGACUCAGCCGCCCAGUUGCCCUGUUGCUGCUGCCAUUCUCGCGUCUCCUUGCAGUGUUUGUUUGGUGGCUGACUCGUGCAUGGUUUCUCAGGUGCUUUUGUCCUGUAACCGUCCAUGCCUUCUUAUCUCGUGUUGUUGCUUCUAAGACUUAGGCGCGCUGUGUUCUCGUCAAUGCCCUCUUGUUUUUGUUUCUUUUUUGUUUCGGUUAUGUUGUGUGCCUUGCUUGGCAAACUGUUGCGUAGUUCAGUGUAAAUAGCAACAUGUACCCAGUCGCGAAUGGACGAUUACCCGCUGGGGCACACCUUCGUGCAAACAAAACUCCUUUGUGCUGGCUGAACAUGACCUUGUAGCCUACUGUCUUGUUUCUUCUUCUUUUUUAAUUUCCUUGAGACUAGUGGAUCCACUCGGAGGCCUCCGGAAUGAGGAGUGUCGCUGAGAACCGUUACUGUACUCGUACCUGUCUUUCUUUUUCUUUUUUUUAAUUUCCUGGAGACUAAUGGAAAGGCCUCCAGAACUUUUGAAGAGAUGGAGUGUCGCUGAGAACCGGUGUGUGAUUCGUGAGUCUUUCGGCUUUCUUAUCACUGCCCUCCUCAUGGUGCAGGCAUGUGCGUAUGUGUGGGUUGGUGGGUGAGUGUGAGUGCAUGUGUGUGAGACAGUCUCAUUCAGGUCUUAUCGUUGCUAUAAGAGAAAAUCUGUAAGUGCAUUAGCA